AUGCCCAAAAAACAUAAUACAAUGUCAAAUGAUGAUCGAUAUACCUUUGGUGUUGGAAAUUCACAUGGAUGGCCAACUAUAGUUGGAAAAAUAAAACCUGCAACUGAACGAGUAAUGUCAAUAGUAUCACCAGUGAGUAGUUACUUAUUUAAGUUUUUAUUUGUUUAGUAUAUCGACAAAGUGAUCUAUCACAGAAAGGCGAAAUGAAUGAAAGCACCUAUUAUUUUAUGAAAUUCACGUAUAUUUUCGAAGAAAAUAGGGAGUGGAAGUUUAAAUCGAGGUUUUGGCGACUGUCAUACCACUCCUUCUCCCAAGGCUUUCCCAUGACACACACUUCUUCAUAAAAGUAUGAACUAAUCAGGUUCUAACUUUCGAGAAUAAUCAAUAUUAGUGUUUUUGAAUUUAUCGAGAUAUAUAAAAGUGCAUUGAGAUAUUGUAUGGUAUAUAAUAUAUGUAUACGACAGGCUUAUUUCUCACGAGAGAAGGUCACCAACUGUUCAAUCGCUUUUGCGUUGAGACUAUCUAAAUUAUGUAGGUACAAAUGAGCUAUGAAUACCCUGAAAAAAGUUCGAGCUGAUAGCUUAUUGCUACGGAGAUACUGCACUUUUACGGUAUGUUUUUUAUAUUUUAAUGCCGUUGUUCUCCUCAGAAACAGAAGAAAUAAAUGUGGAAACCUCGGAUUUAAAUCCGAGAAUUAUGUGUACUUCAAAAAGUGAAUGAGACAGAUGAGUCAUCCUAGAAUGUGUGGACAUCAAAAUUGUCCUGGCAAACUCUUUCUGUAAACACUUAAUUUCUAUUGGCUAUUGCUCAGCCAAUACGAUUUGGAGGCAAAUACAGAUCAGAUUUGAACUCUUCACCUUGAUUUACCCUAAGAAACUCGUUUUUCCUAUAAUUUGAUUUCUAUUGGUUACUGCUCAACCAAUGGGAUUUCGAGGCGAAUGGAACAUAGAUUCGAGUUCUCCAUUCUAGAAAACCUCGAACUAUCAUCUCUGUGAUGGGAAGAUAGACCUCUAAUUGUGGAUCACAUAGGGCGUAGACAAAAACAGAACCGAAUUCCGAUUAAUUAUCUUUGCAAUAGGCGAGUUAGCUUUCUUGUUUCUUUAUGUUUUAUAUACCAUUUUGUAGCUCGUGAAAUUCUCUAUCGAAUGGUAUGUAAUAGUUGCGGUUUUAUUUGACUAUGAUAGGAAAAGUUUUUUAUGAAAACAGAGAAGGAUCUAUCUUCUGAUAGGAAAAAAUGACUAUUUUUGCAAUAACUCAGCAAUGGCUCGGCUAAUCAUUCUCAUCUUCGAACUCGACCGAGAUAUUGUUAAGACUAAACUGUGUUGAAAAUUUCAUCGCGAUCGGACUCUUCUUUCAAAAGUUAUCGUGUAAACGGACGGCCGGCCGGACACACUGACCGAUUCUAGAGUGUACUCACUUUUUGAGUACACAAAAAUGAUUUUCGAAUUUCGACUUGAAACUUGACAUUGAAAAAGGCUUUACCGAGAAUAGUAUUUUAUGAAAGUUUCAGAUCUUGUUGCUGUUACUAUCUGUAGAUACAACUAUGAUAACUUCAUUCGGAUAAGCCAGAAAAAUUUGAUGUUCUCAUUUUAGGAUAGGAAUAGAUCAAAAGAUCUGAAACUUUCACAAAAUAUUGUUCUUGAUAAAGUCUUGUUCAAUGUCAAGUUUCAAGUUGAAAUUCGAAAAUCAUUUUUUUUUGUGUUCCUGAGGGGAGACCACGACAUUAAAAUAUAAAAACCUACCGUAAAAGUACAGUAUCUCCGUAGCAAUAAGCUAGCAGCCCGAAUUUUUUUCAGGGUAUUUAUAGCUCAUUUGUACCUAUAUAAUGCACAUAGUCUCAACGCAAAAGUGAUUGAACAGUCGGUAACCUUCCUUCAUCAUUUAAAUGAAUAGUUAGAAGAAUAAAAAAUAAUAAAUUAAGAAAAGCAAAAGAAAAUAAAUAACGAGCGAAUAGCAACAAGACAAUGAAAAUAAAGCGGCCGUAAGAAAGAGACACGAAAAAAAAUUGUGUUUGAAAUGCAGAAAUAAAUAAGACAGA